AUGAACUACUACACCAGCACCAGCACUGCCCCCAAACAACAGAGACAUCUACCAUGUCAAGUCUUUUCAGAUAAUAAUAUCCCCUACGUCGUCUGGUUCGAAGAUGCACUUCAUUACCACGGUGUACCAACAGUCGUUUUUGAUUUAUUCAUUCUCGUCCCUGACAUCGACAUCGAUGUAGCCGCCGACUGUCUUGUCAAAUCUGGAUGGAUCGUCGAUACAGAACGACCCCAUCGGAUAGGCAAUGCAAUCGUGGAUCUUCCUCAGCGACCAGUGAUAUCUCCUGAUCGACAUACGCGAACUGUUCUUCUCCCUGCCGCUGACUGGAAGUUCCAUCUAUCUACAGACACGGUCUUGGAGAAAGUACCAUUAGAAGACUCGGCCAAAACAGUACCAUAUCCACCACUGGCUGCCCUUUUAGACUCUCUAAUUGAAAGCUGGCUCGACUGUCCCGCCGAAGACAGCGGUCUGCUCAUCCACCUGGCAUGCCAGUACGGCUAUCUAUACCAGUACGUCCCCGCCGUCAAGGAACGCUCUUUCGCCGAAAAGAUGCGAUACGAACAUCGCCAAUUCCACAACGACGUGCUGUCAGAAAUGAAAGCAGGGACUUUACCAUUUCGAAAACACGAACGGGCUAUUCGAGACGCACUCGUCCGAGGGGAGUACGAAAUCACGGAAUGUUCUGCACCGAAAGAUAAUGCGGAUCUAUUUGAUGUAGGCAAGGAAGAGAGACUACUAGCUAGGAAGAAGGCGAUACAGGAGAAGUUGAGGAUGAUUGAUCCAGCGGAAUUAUUGGAUGAGGAGAGGGCAUUUCUGGAGUCUUGA